AUGGAUGUUUUAGAAACAGCGUACUUUGUAUGUGUCCUUGCAAUCGUUAUUUUAUCGGUAUUGCUUAAUGCAACCAUAAUUUUCACAAUCAUUUACAAGAUCAAAGUUACCAAAUUGCCACAUGUUUUCAUUUUGAGCAUUUCAAUAUUUGACAUAAUUCAUACCUUAAUUGGAUUUGGAGCAGAACUAUACGUUUUAUAUGGAAUUUAUUCUUUAAAAAAGAGUUUUGUUUGCAUUGGAGCGUCUUUCGUAACGUUUUUUAUAACAGCAUCUAAUAUUUUAAAAACUGUUAUAAUAUCAAUCAUGAGAGCAAUAUCAAUAAAGUGGCCCUUUUUUUACAUUAAGUAUUGUAAAACAGUAAAAGUUAGAACAUUAUUAUUGUUUUUUUGUUAUUUAUAUGGCUUUUUAUGGCCUUCUUUUCCGUUAAUUGGAUGGUCAAAAUAUGAAAUAGAUUUGGAUAAAAAGCGAUGCUCUUUAGAUUGGAAUUUGACGCAUUCUGGUUCUUUAUCAUAUUUAAUAACAGUAUUUUUAUUUUGCUACUUUUUACCUAUCAUUGGAUUGAUUUUUGUUUACAAUGCAGUAAAAGAAAAAGUUGUCAGUAAAUGCACUGUUAAAAGAGCGCAAGUAGGCACAAAUAGAGAUAUACUAGAAAUGGUUUACCUAAAGUUAUCAUUAUGGUCUGUCAUUUUUUACUUUGUAAUUUGGACCCCGUAUGCCAGUGCUAGCUUACUUUCAAUCUUCAAAAUAAAAUCCCCAAGUGUUAUAUAUACCCUGUGCGCAUUGUUCUCUAAACUAUCAGCAAUAUCAAAUGCGUUAACUAACUGUUAUUUUAACAAGUAUUUUCGAAAUCAUAUCAAAAAAAUCAAACUUUUUCAAUGCUUCAUAAACAGGAACAAAGAAAGUAACGACAAUGUAACGUUAUAGUUUUUCUAAAUAUAAAUUGUUCAUUUAUUUGACAUUGAAUACAUUGAAUUUGUUUAACAUUUUGUAUAUAUUUUUAAAUCAUAAGA